GAGAACUCUUCCGUCGACACCAGGUUACUGUUCCUUGAACAUAAGGAUGUCGUUCUAGCCCACUACAUCCUGGUGGGCGUUUGUGCCGCAUACAUCCCUAUCAUCAUUGGCUUUAACACUCUCGUGUUCUGGGGAACCUUGCUCUACCCAGGCUUUUACAAUCCAAACAACUAUUUACUCCUUAGCCUGUCCAUAGCGGACUUUUUGACCGGAUGUUUUUGUUUACCCAUGUAUAUACUCAGUUACCUCCCCUACACGUAUAAGUUCGUCUUUACCAACAAGUACGUGUGCCUGACCUGGUUUGCAUCGAUUGAGAUCGGCCUUGGCGGCUCAGUACUCAGCCUGUUUUUUAUCACCGUCGACCGUUACAUCGCCGUGAUGUGGCCACUGAGGUACCAACAGAUCGUGACGGUGCCCAGAACAAUCAUAGCAAUUAUUGGUUUGUGGUGCGACUUGUUCCUUCUGGGCUUCGCGCCGAUACUGCUUGAUUGGAACCAGUACGACCCGACACUCCUGCCGUUGACGGCGCGUUGCAACUUUCACGUGACCUUGACUAAAGUGUACGUCAUCAUUGCCACUUUCGGCAGCGUCUUAACCACCCUCCUGAUAUGCACCAUUCUCUACGUCCACAUAAUAAUCGUCUCUCAGAGACAGGCUCGGUCUUUUAGAAGCACGAUCUCAAGCUUGAAUCCAGAAGAGAUUCGAAAAUUCAAAAACCGUAUGAGCUCUGUCAAGAUGACAUCGUUUCUGAUGCUUCUGUUCAUCGUGUUGCUCACCCCGUACAUGGUGGUGGCGCCCUUCAAGUACUACAACGUGUUCUCCCAAAAGAACAUCGAGAUCAUGAGGGUUUUCACUCUUCUGCUGACCUUCACGAACUCCGUGGUCAACGUGCCGAUCUACGCACUGUAUAUGAAGGAGUACAGAUCAGUGUACAUGUUGAUGCUUCGCAGACCGCCACACAGGUGGAAGCCCGCACUGCGUGGUUUGUAUAACGAGUUCCACUCCAGUAUUUACGCGAUCGAGGAGAAACGGGAUUUGCCCGUCGCGAAACCCGACAUGCGUUCGGGAGCGGAGUUGGGAUCGCUAAGAUCUCUCCAGGUCAGGGACCUGGGUGUUAUAGAGGACAUGGGUUUGAGGCGAGGAGUCGAUUACUUCCAGGCGAAACCCGGGUCGUACAUUGAUGGAGUCUCGUCAUCGGUCGAUGUAAAUCCGCGACCCCAGAGUCCUUUGCGUAAUUUUAUCUCUUGAAUAAUUGGACAGG